GGUCAAGACUGCAUUCCAUGAAUUCCUCUGCCAAAACCAAAAUCCCAGAAAUUAACCAAUUUCAAAUCAUAUAGGCACGUACAUUGAAGAAGACACAAACCUUAUUGGGUUAUCAGUAAUUGCUGGUACGCCUUCGUUAGGCUGGGGAAUGAAUGGAACAGAACAAAGUAGUAGUACAGAGAAAGCUGAAAGUCCAUUUCCCUCUUUUGGAGGAGACAAUGAUAAUAAUGAAAUGGUGGAAGGAGAAAGCUAUACCCAGAUGGGCGAAUGUCAGGGACAGGGACGGGUUCGACUUGAAGGUGGGCGUGAAGUAGAUGGUGAAAUUGGCGUUGCAUUAUUCGGGGGGGGGGGGGGGGGGGGGGGGGGGGGGGGGGGGCUUCCCCAACAGAGGUGUCACGGCGAGGCCGGGGAGUCGAGCGCCUGUCGGAUAGAUGUCGAGAUUAGGUCUUUGACCGGAGAAGAAGCGAAGAUGUGGAGCUGGCAGUGAAGGUAAGGGAAGGAGCGUAGGAUGAUAAUUAUAAUUAUUUUAUUUAUUUUUAUACUGAGAUGGAAAUUUUUUUAAUUUAAUUAUUUAAUUAUUUUUCAAUUGCCACGUCCCUUAUUUAACUGUCAACUCUCUGAGUUGACUGCCACAUCAGCGAAAAUUAACUGACACUAACGGAGAGUGACCAAACUUGAACUGUUGGACUAAUUUUAGUGACUAUAGAUGGAAUAAACUAAUUUUAGUGGCAAACGUGAAACUCUUUAGUAAUUCCAGUGACCAAACUUGCAAUUUACCAAAAGACGUUGCUAAUAAAACUUGACAGUUUUGCCAUACAUCAUUGUUCAAUUAGCCUUGACAACAAUGAGGCGGCCAACGCAAGAUUGUUCUGAUGCCUUUUAAUUACUUUGCAUUUUAAAAAAAUAAACAAACCACUGUCUCGCCCAAAGGGAAAUAAUUAAACGGCAGCCCACAAAGCUGCUCAAGCCAUAAACAGCCAUGUUUAGUCUUUUGUUCGCUUUGUCUUAGACAAAACGGUGUUGCGGCCAAGUUACCGCAUUGUUGUUCACCUCAAAGACUACGGUGUUUUACCGUACUUUUCCCUAAAAAGGCAGCACUGCUUGGCCAUUUUUUUUUUGUCAAGACUCAAGACCAGUACUUCAUUUACUUCAGCAGCGUUGCGGAUCCAACAACAUUGUUGAGAAGAAGAGAAAAAUAAAACGGUAUCGCUAGAGCAGCUCCGCUUCACCGCAUGGGUAAAACGGCCGUGUAUCUUCUCUACGGAGACCAAAAUGUUUCCUACUCUAAUUGUUUCCUCUCCUAUGGCACCAUGGCUAUUGGCUAACAAGUAACAACGACAAAAAGCAAACCAAAACCAUCCUUACACCAUUGUCAACAACAUUGCGGCCUUUUAUUCACCAUGCCGCUUGACAAUAUUUUUUUUUUGUACAAAAUAUAUCAUGUGGCUUACAUUAGCCAUCUUUUAUUUAGUUUACUAAAAGCUAAAUAAAAACAAAGUUGAUUUUGGCAUAAAUCAUCAUGCGAAAGGUCCACACCCAUUGUCAACUCCACAAAUCAAACCAAGCAAGCCAUCAGUAAAUCCAUGACUCAUCCCAUCUGGCUUCACAUACGUUGGUUUUGAUGUUUUGGAGUCAAUGUUGGCUUGCAACUCUCUAGUUUUUCCAGCUAGAACAUCUUUGUUCGGAAUCCCACGAGCUCGAUUUGGCUUCACCUCGCCGAUGGCAUGAAAAAUCACUAGUGUUCUGAUAAAAACUCAAUUCUUGGGAUUUAUCAUAAUAAUUAUUAUUACUAUAAUUAGGAUAUUACUAGAUAGGGAUGGUAAACGGUAAUCCGGAAAACGGUUUAACGUUUUACCGAACCGUUUACCGGCGGUAUCGGCAGUCGAGCGGGAAGUUGGUGGAGUCGGUUACCGGACACGGUAUCGGUGAAUACCGACGGUAAAUUGGUAUUACCGAUACCGAAUCCCCCCUCCCUACUCCCUAGUGCUUCACUGCGUUUUGUUGCUUUACCCCCAAAAAUAUAAAAUAUUACAUACAUGAAUGUAAGUAUAGGCCUAAAAAAUAUUGUAAAUAAGAGUUAAUAAUAAAUUAUUAAUUACAAAAAUGAUGAAAAAAACUCAAAAAAAUCAAAAUAUUACAACAUCACCCCUCUUACAGAAAUUCGGUUCGGUAAAUAUUCGGUAAAUCGACCGAAAAACCGCCCGAAAUCGCUUCUCACGGUAUUUCGGUAAUAAUGGUUUGUAACCGUUUACCGGUAAUUCGGUAAACGGUAAACCGGUUACAAACCGGUAUCGCUAAUCGGUAACCAGUUUGGCCAACUUCGGUAUACUGAAACCGAUAAAUUCGGUAAACGGUAAAUUGUUUACCGACCGAAUCCCACCCCUAUUACUAGAUAUGGUAGUAGUCAUUGAGUCAUAUUAGGAUAGUCUAUUAGGUUUUUUGAGUCUUUCGUUAUCAUUAUGUACUUAGCGUUUUAUCCAGAGUCAGUCAAGAAGAAUAUUAAGAAAAGAAUCUCCUAAACCCUAUUCUCCCAAUCCUCUCAAUUCUCGUUCCCAAUCCCUCUAAGGCCUAGGCCGAUUCUCUAUCUUUCUCUUCUCAAAACCCUAAUCAUGUUCUCUGAUCCCUAAAUCCCAAUGCCACAAUCCGAUCGAUAGAAUCCCUAACACAGGUUCUAUCAUUUGGUAUCAGAGCCAAUAUGAGCUCAUCAAGGCUCUCCGAUCUGGAAUGGGCUCGCGUACGACAGCAGAUUGAGUACACGCUAGCCGAGCUCAAAAAGGAGGCACGUGACCGUGGGUGGGCUGCGACGGCGGCGACGGAGGAAAUUCCAUCCGCGGGGUCGGGAGAGAGGCCAGCCACGACCCGGUGGGAAGGCGCAGCGGCGCUGUCGGUGUCAGAGGGCGUUGCCACUUGGUGCGCGGCGGCAGGCGAGCUCGAGGGAGCUUCGGAGGCCGGUGGCGAGGAUUCUCGCCAGGCGGCGGAUCCCAUGGCGGCGGUGCUGUCUAGUUGGUCGCCGAAGGAGACGUCGACGACCUGGAAAAUGAAGGCCAAUACAAGGCCGGAGUCGGGUUUCGCUCCCCGCUGCCUGGUGCCCUGUUCGCCUUGAGGAAGAAGAUGGCAGAGGCGGUGGCGAAGAGGAUUUUCGGCAUCUCUCUCGCGAACCCUAGGUCGUCCACUCUAAGCAGCGCAUCGGGCUGGGUCUGGUCGUACCAGGCGAGUGGGCUGAAGUUGGGGGAGGGUCGGGCCUCAUCUAGUGCCCUCGCAGGCAAGCUAGCAACAGUUGAGGGAAAAUGGACAGGCUUGGCAAGGAGUAGUGGGCCGCGAGAAAGUGGGUCGAGAAACCCAAAUGAAGUAGUGGGUUUAAU